AUGGAUGGGAAUCAGAUCAUAGGAAGUAUUCCGGAAGGAAUUGGCAAUCUCGUCAACCAGGAUGUAGUGGACAUGGCAGAAAAUUUUCUUGUUAGUGAAAUUCCUAUUUCCAUCAGAAAUCUUCAAAAUCUUGAAGCAUUGUAUCUCGGUUUCAAUCAAGUAACUGGUAAAAUCCCAUCCUCCAUCGGCAAUCUCUCUCGACUGUCUAAUCUUGAUUUAUCCCAUAAUAAAUUUGAAGAAGCAAUUCCAUUAUCACUCGGGAAAUGCAAAAAUUUGCAAACGUUGGACCUUUCCCAAAAUAAACUCAAUGGCAAUUUGGGUAAGGUGAAACUUGUAGAGUUAUAUGUUGAUAAUUAUAAUUUCUUUGGUGAAAUUCCCAAGGCACUUGGUGAGAGUUUAGAACUAAGAAUCCUCUUUAUGCAGAUUAAUUCAUUUGAAGGUAACAUUCCUCAAUCUUUUGCUUCUUUGAGAUCUCUUGAAAGCUUAGAUCUCUCUGGUAACACUUUAUCAGGCAACAUACCACCUGAACUUCAAAAACUUCCAUUUUUAGUGAGUUUAAACGUUUCUUUCAAUCAACUGGAGGGUGAAGUGCCAAAAGGACGGGUUUAUAAAAAUACCAGUGGAUUUUCGUUUUUCAGAAAUGAAAAGCUUUGUGGGGGAAUUCCAGAAUUAGAGCUUCCGAAAUGCAUCGAUGAGAAACCAAAUAAAAGGGAAAGGGGACUUAUCCCCGUAGCUUUGUUUGGUGAUGCCUACUUGUGUCUGUCAUACAAGGAGCUUCUUCAAGCGACCCAAGGUUUUGCUUCUUCCAACUUGAUUGGCAGUGGAAGUUUUGGCAUUCUAUAUAAAGGAGUUCUUCAUCAGCAAGAAAAGAUUGUUGCAGUGAAGAUUAUAACUUCUUGCACAAGCAUUGAUUACAAAGGCAAUGCUGUCAAGGCUUUAGUUUUUGAAUUCAUGCAUAAUGGAAGUUUAGAAAGCUGGUUACAUGAAAAACAUGAGUCAAGGUAUUUGAAACUUGUUCAAAGGUUAGACAUUGCUAUAGAUGUGGCUAAUGCUAUAGAUUACCUUUGUCAUGAUUGUGAGACACCGAUUGUUCAUUGCGAUCUAAAGCCUACCAACGUCCUUCUUGAUAAUGACAUGGUGGCACAUGUUGGUGAUUUUGAAUUAGCUAAGCUUCUGUCUAGCUACACAAGCAAUAUGUGUAACAAGCACCUCAAUGAUUAA